UUUGUUGGAUUUAUGUUCCAUGUAAAGUUGAGGAAUUAGUAUCUUUAGCCUGCCCAGCUGUUCCUGACACAUUAUGUAAAUGUAUGCACAUCAUCAGCAUGCAGGAUGUAACUCAGUUAAAAUGGGCUUAGAAAAUGUUUUGGCCGAUUCUAAAACCAGAAGCAUUUGCAUGGGUUGGUAUCUUACCAGAAUACAACACACCUGCCUUUUUCUGGAAGUUACUCUCCUUAAGUCGUGAUACAGGAAGCAGUCUUUGGCAGGAAGGAAACAUCCAGGUACAUGAAACAUGACUCAUAAUGGCUUUAAACCCAUUCAGAUGCUGUAUUUUCUUGAGGAGUUUCCAAGUUUUUUUUAUCAGAAAUCUCCAGGUUCAUAAUGCCAUGCACGCUAACAAGGUUCCCAGGGCUUUAGGGAAUGAAACACGCCCACUGCAUCACUCACCCUCCACCAUACCUUUGUCAAAUAGAUGGUUGCUUUGGUGUUGUCUGUCUGUCUUGUCCACGAUAAUGUGUGCUGCUGCCUUUCUUGUGAAAGGGGUCUUGAUCUCCAUCAGUCUUUAACCUAAAGGUUUAAUGAUAAAUACAUAAUAAAUGUUUAAUAGUGUACAUGGCAUGCUUUUUCCACACUUCAUUUGUUGAAUGAUGCCAAACCCGCCUGGAAGGUUUGUUGCAGAAAAGCCCAGUUUUAGUCCUGUCCAACAAGACUACACAGUUAAAAUCACAGCAGAGUUUAGACUUUUUCCUUUUACUCAAAAUAAUGGUUUAAUUUUGUGAUUAUCUGUGUAAAACUUGCAUUUAUUUAGAAGGCUUUUUACAUAUCUUUGCCAGUAGUGCGAAUGAAUGUGGCAGGCAAUGACAGGCGUCCUGUCAAGGCUUUCUGACCCUUUGAACUUUUUCAUAUUUACUCAUAUUCAUAUUACAGCAACAUUUCAGUGUAUUUUAUUACAGUCUUAUGUGAAAGACAAACAUGAAGCGGUGCAUAAGUGAAGUGGAUGGAAAACCAUGCAUGGUUUUCAAAACUAUUCACAAAUAAAGAUGUAAAACCUGUGAUGAAUUUGCCUUCAUUUUCUAGAGUCGGAACUGUAAAGUGUCACGUUUCCCUUCAAUCUGCUUUAAAUGUAUAACAUUACGGACAUGUUUAUCCGUUUGUUUUUCCAACAUUGUUCAAGUUCAGUCAAACUUAAUCCAGAUCAUCUGUGAAGAAUCAAUUUCAGAAAUGUUGUCAAAUUCUCAAUUGUAUUUUGGACUAGACUUUGACUAGGCCACUCUACAACAAACAUUUUUCUGAACUUAAACCAUUCUGACGUAGCUCUGGCUGUAUGACCUACAGGGAGGUCAAAUCUGAACUCUAUAGCACACUCUUACAAAUUUCCACCCAGAAUUCUCCCUCGUUUUUGGCUCCAUAUCUCUUUCCCUCCACCGACAUGUGUAACCAUGAUGAUGGCAUAUUUGGGGCUGUGUGUUCUUCUGCACACAUAACAUUUUGCAUGAAGCCCAACAUGUUUAAUUUUGCUCUGAUCGGACCAUUAGCUUUUAUCUCUAAAUGAAUUUCAUGUCCCAUACCUGCCUUGAGACAAACUGCAAACUGUUCCGAGGGUAUUUGAUUAAAAUGGAUCAAAAACAUAAGCAUGCCACACUUUAUAGAUUUUGAUUUUGUCAAACUAUAAUAAACUGCAUAGCAUUUUUUUCCACACCAUUUUAUUUUGAUGGAUCAGCAAAACAGAUUUAAGCUUUCUGGUGAACACAAUAAGGACUGUUUCACAUAGAUGUUUUGUGGUGCCCCCUACUGGUUAUUAAUGGCACUACUGCAACUGCUAACACUAGGCUUUCACCUUCUUUAAUUUUCUAAAUUUCCAGUCAAAAAUAUGCAGUCAGACAUUUUCUCUCCCUCGAAAGACCCUCGGAAAUUUUGCACCAAUGCUACUAUAGCAACAGAUGCAGCAACUCAAUAUUAUUCCAAGAGUGCAGGUAAUUCCUGUUGUCACCUGACUUCCCUGCAGACAUUCUUUUUAGCCAUGACUGGAUUCUCAACCAUUGCCGUGAGCAGGUUCUGCAAGUGUUACUGAAAAUGACUUGCCUAACCUGUGUUGAGGUGAAGGACUUAUGCCAUGAGGGAGAAAAAAAAAAGAUGCUUACAGAUUGAUUAUUUAUGUUCAGCAGCACAAGGAAUGAUCAAUCAAAAAACUCUCUAAGAAACAAUAAGCUAAACAAGUUUAGGACCAAACCGUUUUUUUAAUCCUAAAACUGUAAACACAAGUAAUUUGGGGAAUUAUUAACUGAAUUUACAAACGGGAUGAUGGCUCUCUAAUCUGAUGAAUGACUCAUGAGCCCAUUAGCAGAAUGUCAGUGAGAGUGAUUCUCCACAGUGACGGGGCUUUACGUCACAAAAGAGGAGGAAACUCUCAUUCAGGUAUUUUCGUUUUCUUUUACAAGAGCACGAACGAGGAGUUCCUUUAAUUGCAUCACACUUCCUAUCCAGUAAACAAAGGUGUGCACGCCCGCAGCCUCUUCCGUUUCUGUGGGUCGGCGUAUGAUGACAAAAACCCCCUCAGUCUACUAUAAGAGGACAGAGAAUGGAGACUGAGGGACACAUGCUCUUCAGGAGUCAUCCUCUCAGGAAACACACAGGUGAGUCUGAGCACAGGUGAUGCUGCUGCUGCUGCUGAUGGUGAUGAGUGUUGAAUUCAGCACUGUUCCCAUUUAGUUUUUCUAACACAGCAAGACAUUGUUACAAGUUUUAUAACUAAUCAUUGUAGUAAUUGCAUACAUCCUGGGAGGUUUUCUCCUUUAGUCAUUAAUGAUCAGUGGGUGCGGAUUUUGGACAGGAGGCAUCUUCAGCAUGUGCCAACUAUCAACUAUCAAUGAGUGUUUUGACCGUUACCCAUAACCCACUCCUGUUGGUAAUAGCUUUUAACGAAUCAAAAUGUUUCCAUCAGAGUCACCUUCCGGUAACCACAGUCAUGAAGAUCCUGCUCAGCUCUUCCAUCUGCACCCUGCUCCUCCUCGGCUUUCUGAACGGGCCUGUGGAGAGCCGGACCAUGCAUGCGGACGGCUGCUCUGCCAACGUUCACUUCCACGAGCUGCACAAACACUUCUCUGACAUAAGAUCAGAUGCGAUAUCAGCAGAUGGCGAGAUCGCUGUGAAACUUCUAGAUACAUCUCUGAUGAAAAAUGUUCAGGAGGGUCAGACGUGCUGUUUUGUUCGUCUCCUGCUUCGCUUCUACGUUGAAAGAGUGUUCAGGAACUACGAGUCCUCUCAGCCGCAUCAGCAGCGCUGCGCCAGCUCCCUGGCCAACGCUUUUGUCAGCAUCAGAAAGGAAAUGCAUAAAUGUCACUGCAACUGUGGAGAAGAAACCCAGAGGACAAUCGACUCAGUGCUUGCCAAGUUUGACAAGCUGCAGAUCGAGCAGGCAGCGCAGAAGGCCGUGGGAGAACUGGACACAGUGCUGGAAUGGCUGGAGGGACUGGCACCUAAAUCAUAAGCCUGAAAACAACCCAAUCAAGAGACACUUCUCCAUUUACCCUUGAUCCAUUUAGCAUUUCUCUGUUUAUACUUGAAUUAACUUAAAACGGUAUAUAUUUGUACUCUCUUACCUGGACGUUUUUUGGUGAAAUGCUUAAAAUGGACUUUUAGAAGAAUGUAUUUUUCGACCUGGGGUCUUUCUGCUUGCAGUCUGCAUGUUCUCCCUGUGCAUGUGUGGGUUCUCUCUGGGUACUCCGACUUCUUCCCACAGUCAAAAAAUAUGACUGUUAAGUUAACUGGUUACUCAAAAUUGGCCCUAGGUGUGUGUGUGUGCAUGUUUUUUUGUCCAUUGACUGCUGGAAAUAGGCACCAGCUCCUCUGUGACCCUGCACAGAUAAGUGGGUAUUGACAAAGGAAGGAUGUAUAUAUAUUUUAUAUAAAUUUAAAGUUGUAAAAAGUGUUACUGUGAACCUGUAAAAAGUGUUUUAUAUUGAAACUAUGCUUUAAUCUCAGUUGAAAAAAUAAAAAAAUAUAUUAAUACAUUAUAA